AUGGCAUUUGUGAACGAACCGGAACUCCUACGCGAUAUCCUGGUCAAGGACUUCCACAUAUUCCCCGAUCACUUACAUUUCAACCUGGGUAACACAAACCUAGCGAAAGCCAUUCCCUCGUUUUCGUCGGGAAAGUUGAGGGCAAUGAUGGGUAGUAUCGGGGGUAUUGCCGACCAGUUUGUCAAGAAUCUGGAUGAAUAUGCCGUAAAUGGCAAAACGGCUGAUAUGCGCAAGUACAUGGGUGCAUUUGCCAUGGAUGUGAUCAGCGCCUGUGCCUAUGGUAUAAACGUGGAGUCCAUUAAUAACGCCAAUCAUCCCAUUGUAGUGAACGCUAAGAAGAUCCUAUCGGUGGACACGAGUUUCAGUUUCAUGCUGUUCAUACUCUGUCCAUCAAUAGCCAGGUUCUUUAAACUGGAACCGUUUAAUGUGAAUGCAAUUAAUUUUUUCAAUAACCUAACGGAACAAAUAGUUGCCGAAAGGAAGUCUGCGAUGAAUACUGACUCUAAUAAGAGAUCGGAUUUCAUACAACUUAUGAUUGAUAACGAAAAGAAUGACAAGAAUUUCGAUUCCGAUUAUAAUAGCGAUGAAGACAUGAAUGUAAACCAAUUGCAAAAAUCGACGGAAACUGUUAUUAAAUCCUCGCAAACGCUAACCAGCGAUGAGUUGACGGCUCAGGGAAUACUGUUUUUCAUCGCCGGUUACGACACGACCAGUGCCUCC